CCCGGUCCCGUCCUCUCGGUGCCCUACCAACGUACCAAUGUGCAUGCGUCUCGUAUUGCGUCCAUGUGUAUAUUAAGAAUAGGCGUGGUGUAAGCUGAACUGAGUCCGCUUUGCGUCAUUUAGCGUUUUUUUCUUCAUCUUUCAACAACUGUCGGGUGCACUGCAUCAGGUACGCGAGAGCUUCGUGCUCCACCCCCCAUGCAGCGCUACCCCCGUCCUUCGUUCCAGUCGCUUGUAUACAGUACCUAGCUUAUCUACACUGCACCAGUGCACUCUUACCCCGCGCGGCUCUCAUUUGUGACUCGAGGUUGUCCGGUUCGGACGACAUGACGGAAUCCUCCCGGCCGGGAGCGGGCCCGGCACCGGCCAUCAACCUCGAGACGGAGUUGACUUGCUCAAUAUGCACCGACAUCCUCUACCACCCGCUCACCCUGCUCGACUGCCUGCACACCUUCUGCGGCGCCUGUCUGAAGGAAUGGUUCCGCUUCCAGGCGGCACGCGCCGAGUCGGCCCCGGGGCCCCCGCCCCCGCCCGACGCCGCCAUCUUCACGUGCCCCAGCUGCAGGGACAGGGUGCGCGACACCAAGCACGACCCCCGCGUCGCCACCCUACUGGACAUGUUCCUGGCCCUGAACCCGAACAAGGGGAAGAGUGAGGCGGAAAAGGCAGAGAUGGAUUCGCGGUACACAAAGGGCGAGUCCGUCAUGCCCAGGCUCAAGUUCAUGGACCGGACCGAGGAGCAGAGGAGGUUGGAUGAGCAGGAGAGGAGGCUGCUGGAGGAGGUGCAGCGCAUGAGCUUGCGAGAGGCCACCGAGGCGGCGGUGGCGCGGGCGAAUGGUGGUAGUGGUGGUGGUGGGAGGAGGCGGAGGAGUAGGGAGGGGAGUCAGGUUAGGGGCCCCGGGACCAGGGAGAGGGAGAGUAGUAGACCAAGGACGCAGAGCAUCCCAGUGCGGGGCGCGGACGCUCUGACGGUUGAUGGCGAGAGCAGAAGGAGAAGCGAAUCGAGACAGCGGGGCUCUACUGGACAGCAGUCUGCUCCGGAGGGGACGUCGCGGCAUGUCGAGCACCAGUCUUCACUAAGAAACUUGAUCAGCAGUUCUGGCAGCACGGAUACCAGGGAUAUCGAGCGAGAAAUCGAAGAAUUUGCGAGGCAAAUUCAGGAGGAAGGACUAUUGGACGGGUUGGAUCUGGAUAAUCUCGAUCUGGAGAACAACGACGAGCUCAGUCGGAAGAUUACAGAGGCUUAUAGGAGACGGCACCGCGAGAGACUGAGGCAAGAUGGCGGACGAAGAAGCAAUGCCAGUGCGCAUUCCCGUCGGUCGGAAGUGUCGGCCAGGCCUAGAUCACGGACUGGAGAGGCGUCAAGGCCGACAAGCAGACAAACGGUGCAUUCGAGAGCGCCAAGCUCGAGCAGCAAUGAAGAGCGCGGGCGGUAUCCCCCUUCCAGUUCAGCCCUUCUUGAGGUCCAAGAGCCUUCACGGAGACGGAGAACCUCAAGUGCCAGCCGCAGCGCCACGGUACCCGUUGGUCCCACCCAGCCUGAGGUCAGACUCGGAACCCGCUCGCACACUGUCGUUUCUCCAAGGACAGCAACCGCGGACUCACAGAUCGGGAGACCUAGCAUUGAUGCCGAGGCUCGGAGUUCAUCCUCACCCACGAUCUUCACCGCUUCUGGAAACCGCCAAGAUCCCCCCAAUUUCAGGGGCCUUCCCUUUAGUAAUCGGGCCGCGUCGGCUUUAGGCUCCGCGCAUUUUCAGAGACCAGCAGAGCUUCAUUCGGAUCCGAUCGGCGGUAGAAGGAGGCAGGACGGGUUCACGGAACUUGGCCGCGGCCAGGCUUCACCGGAUCUCGCUUCUUCUUUAGGCCCGGGAAGCCCAAAACCUGCUUUGCCGUCCCUAUCGUCACCUCGACGAACCCGAUUACCGCGAUUCUUGGAACCCAUGGUCAACUGUGCCACCUGCUCCAAAGAGCGCAUCGAAUACGAACUGCACUUCAACUGCUCCAUCUGCCACAAUGGCGAGUGGAACAUUUGCCUUGACUGCUGGCGGCGGCGCAAAGGCUGCUUGCACUGGUUCGGAUUUGGUCAAACGGCUUGGGACAAAUGGGAAAAGCAGAACCUCGGCGGCCAGCCAACGCCCCCUCCACACAUGCUCACAGCAAACCGCUACCUUCCCCCAAAGACAGCUCUGGAGGGUGGCGAUGGUUUACGAAUGCUUACGACCGAGAACCCCCUCGACCGCCUCCAGAGCGGCACCUUCUGCUCCCGCUGCUCAGCCUGGACAAACGACUGCUACUGGCGCUGCGACGUCUGCAACGACGGCGAAUGGGGAUUCUGCAACGGCUGUGUAAACCGAGGCACGUGCUGCAGCCACCCGUUGCUCGCCCUGGCCUACCGCCCCCCCCCUCAGCGAUCCCUUUUCCCGGACGAUCAUCCUCCGCUAACCGACCCGCCCGUGUCAAGCCCAAGUUCUUCCUCUGCCCGCCGCUCACCGUCACAGACGACGACGUCUUCGUCCAAGAUGUCCCCGGUGGGGAGCUUCCACCCCCUCACUUUCAGUCCGUGUUGCGAGAUAUGCCGUUUCCUCAUUCCGCGGCAUGAUGCUCACUAUCAUUGCUACGCCUGUCCGUCCAGGUUAGUUGCUGACGCGCAGCCAGGGGAGUACAACCUCUGCUUUGGCUGCUACAGUGUGCUGGUCUCGAAUGGGGCCAUAGCCCCCGAGAAUGGGCCCGACGGCUGGCGCAGGUGUCCGCAGGGCCAUCGGAUGGUUGUGGUGGGAUAUGCGCCCGACAGCGGCAGCGACAAACUAAGGAGGAAGGUUAUCAGGGAACAGGUUGGUGGGCAGAGGCUGAAGUUUGAAACGCGUGAGGGGUUACCAAGGGGAGUACAGGCUUGUUCUUGGCUGGAGGGCGGUAGGGAGGUGGAGAGGUUGGUUGCUGUGGAUGUGGCGGUUUCCGCCGCUACCUUGGCUCAGAGUGCAGAGCAAUAUACGGAUGGAUUUCCACCUGAUGGGGGGACGGGAAUGAGGGUAACGGCGGCGUGGGGGUGGAUUCCGGCUGCUGGAGUCGAGGACGAGCUCAUGUUCCCCAAGGGCGCUGAGAUUUCAGAGGCGGAGGAUGUCAAUGAGGAGUGGUUCUAUGGGUUUUAUAUGGGAAGUCAGGGGCUGUUUCCGGCGCCAUAUGUCAGGGUCAUCAUGGGGGGAUAAGAUACCGAAGUGAUAUUUUGGAUAUUCGGCUGACGGAGCAGGAGACCGUAAAGCAUAAUGAAUUUCGAGGGCCUACUACCGUAGUGUAGUGAUACAAAAUCACUGAUGGCUCCACUCGGGCU